CACAAGCAGCACCAGAGUCUCCUCUCCGACUUGUUAACAGUUAUGAGACGAAUGUCCUGCUCAAGUUUGAUUCACAACAUCCUAAGUGGAAGGUUUCUGGAAGCUGCAAGUUCACCGUUUGUGACAUUUCUGUGGACAUUUUGAAUGGUUCUAAAGCGCAGAGGAGAGAAGCGAGGAGUCAGAUCAUGUCCACACUGAACACAGAAGGACAAAAGCGUACAGGCCUGAAAGAUUUCCUCACCAAACUUGGGCUGGAGAAAAAUUAUCCCAACAAGCUCACUCUUCGUUCUCUCUUUGAGAUCAACAAAAACAGUAUAGAUGAAAAAGCUGUUUUAUCAUUGGAGGAAAUACCAUGGUGUUUUCUCCGAAAACUGUUCAAAAUCAAUGCUGAAUGCAGGAGCUGCACACAAUUAUCAAUCAGGCAUGAGGAAAACAAUGAUCUCUCUGAUCUCGACCUUUACACAGCAGAGGACUCUGCAGACAGUAAGGUUAACCCUCUUGAUGUUAUCGUAGCGCUCUUCCUUUGUGCCGACAGCCUCUUGCAGCAGGAAAUGGCCCUAAAAAUGUCACUGUGCCAGUUUUCGCUCCCACUGCUGUUGCCCCAUGGCAAUAAGAGUCAGUGUGCCCUGAUGCAUUGGGCUUUAAGAGAUAUUGUCAAAGAAUGGUGUCCACAUGAUUUGUCUGAAUCAAAGGGUUUUGUUGAGGAAAACAUUAUUCAGGCAAAUAUACCGUUCUAUUCCUUUGUGAGACUGAAGAACUGUAGUUUAUCAAAGUCACAGUUCUUGAAUCAUCUUCUCAGCAGUGGACAACAAAGUUGUAGUAUCUUCACACACAGAGAUGUGGAAGGUGGGGCAGUUAAAAGACAAAUUGCAAAUGGAUUGGUUGAGGUUUGCUGGUACUUACCCUCGGGGGGAAAAACCCUUGACAUAUUUCCAGAGCCAAUUGGCUUUGCAAAUUUGAGAGGAGACAUUCGUGAGUCACUCACACAAUUCAACUUUCUUUUUCAAGUAUCAACUGCGACCUUUGUGUUCCUGGACAGAGUUGAUGAAGUAGAACACAGAAUUCUGACAUCUCUUCAAGAUGUGAAAUCCAAACUCUUCUUAGUUGUUAAUCGUAAUGGAGAGAACGCAAGACAGGACAUGAUUUCAGUGAAGACAUUGGUGGGUGAAUUAAAUCUAUCAAACAACAGAGUGAAGAUCAAAGACUCAAGGCAAAAUGUUACAGAGUUCUCAAAUAGGCUUUGUGAAGCCAUCAAGACAUCCCAGUUAGAUGUAAAAUCAACAAUAAGCAUUGAAAACAUGUUUGACCAAGCCAUUGAACUUGGUUUGUCUGUGGACGAAAGCAAAACUGAUAAACAGAAGAAAGCAGCUGAAAAGAUCAUGGAUGACAUUGGGGUACGAAGUAUACCACACUACAAGAAACAACAACUUCCACUGCAAGGAGAGAACUGGAAAAGAUUAUCACAGUUAGAAAAAGAGGAGUGCAGAUUGAAGAAACCUGGUGAUUCAAACCUUGAAGAGUAUAAAUUACAACUGCAUGCAGAAAAAGAGCAAAUCAUAAAAGAUCAAAGAAAAUGUAAAGUAUCCAAAGGAAUGAAAAGGUUCAUUAAAUACUUAUCAUCAAGUGACAAAGAAGAAAGGGAUGUUUUUCUCAAGUGGAUGAAACUCAAGUUUAAUACACACUCAAGAACAAAAUUAUUCGAGUUGCGCAACCAAUUCAAAGAGCAAUGCAAGAACAAAGAUGUGAAGCUCUUAGCAGAGUUAGACCAAGCAUUGGUGGAUAGCUCUUUAGGAAUAGAGCAUUACAUGAGAGAGAUGGGACUGAUCUACGAGUUCUCCCCUGACUCUAUCAGCUCACCAAUAGCUGCUGAUAAAAUAGCUCACCUCCCUGCUUUGGCUGCUGAAAUGUUGCUGGAUGGAUAUCCUUUAGAGCUCCUGGAUGGAGAUGCUUCCAACAUUCCAGAGAGAUGGGUGACAAAUGUGCUGAUGGAGCUUCACAAGAAGGUGGGACAGAAGAGCAGACUGUUGGUAUUGACUGUGUUGGGUGUCCAGAGCAGUGGGAAGUCCACACUCCUCAACACCAUGUUUGGUGUGCAAUUUCCUGUCAGCAGUGGCAGAUGCACAAGAGGAGCUUUCAUGCUCUUCCUCAAAGUUGGGGAAGAUUUGAAAAGUGAGUUCAACUGUGAUUUCAUUGUCCUCAUUGACACAGAGGGUCUUAAGGCUCCUGAUUUGGCACAACUAGGGGACAGUUAUGAGCAUGACAACCAGCUGGCAACCUUUGUCAUUGGCUUGAGUGAUGUCACCAUUAUCAACAUUGCAAUGGAAAAUGCAAAUGAAAUGAAAGAUUUCUUGCAAAUCACCGUGCAUGCCUUCUUGAGAAUAAAAGAGAUUGGAAAAAAGCCAGUUUGUUAUUUUGUUCACCAAAAUGUUUCUUCAGUUUCAGCUCAUGCCAAGACCAUGACUGAAAGAAAACAUCUCUUGGAUCAGCUCAAUGAAAUGACUCAAAUUGCAGCUGAGAUGGAAAGGAAGCCAGCCAUUAAAGAAUUCACAGAUGUGCUGGACUAUGACAUGGAAAAGAAUAACUGGAACAUCCCAGGACUCUGGCAUGGAACCCCACCAAUGGCACCAGUAAACACAGGUUACAGUGAGGCUGUAGCACAUUUCAAGAAAAAUCUUUUACAAACUGUGAUGAGUGAAAGAAGUAAUGAACUGUCACAGAUCCCAUUUUUUCUAGGAUGGAUGACAAGUCUCUGGAAAGCUGUAAAAUAUGAGAACUUCAUCUUUAGCUUCAGGAACAAACUUGUGGCUCAUGCCUAUGACAGCUUGUGGAAAGAGUUCAAUCAGUGGGAAUGGGAGUUCAGAAAAGAGAUUCUGACCUGGCAAACAGCAGCUGAGUUAGAAAUCCUAAAUGCUGACAAUGAAUCUGCAUUAGAAACUUGGAACAGAUUAGUUGGGAAAAAUAAAUUAGAGGUAACUCAGAAAAUAGUGGAUCAAGAAACCAUAAUGAAGGAGAAACUCUGUGACUACUACAAAAGGAGAGGCAAACGAGUAAAUCUGAUAGAGAAAUACAAAGCUGAGUUUUCCACCAGCAUCAGGAGCCUUGCAAAUGAAAUCAAACAUUCUGUUUAUGCUAAACUGGACUGUGCCCUCGAACUUAAAAUCACCUCGAAACAGACUCAGGAUAUUCAGAGACAAUACAGAAAUGUGAUUGAAAAACGGGUCAUGAAGCUGCUGGGGGACUGUAAUGAGUCCACUCUGACUGAUGAAGAGCUGACACAAGAGUUUGAAAAAAUGUGGGCUGAAGCCACUGUAAAUGUGGGAGGUGUGAAAGAGCGAGAUAUUGCAGCAUGUGUCCUGAAGCAGUUAAGAAAAAGUUUCUCAAAUAGAAACGUCAAUGAGGAAUUGCAGAACAUUCGAGACCUAAACGAAUUUGGGAGGUGUCCAUUCAAAACUACAAGGGAUCAUGUAGACUCCUUUUUAGGGAAGGUCCAACAUCUGUGGAGUGAAGAUUUACAAAACUUUGCAAACAGUGUCAUUCAGUCUUGUACACAGUUUGUUCUGGAUAAAGUUAUGACGAAUGGAGAUUACCAAGAGUCCUUCACCAAGGAGCUUCUCGAAACAAUUGACAAAGCCCUUGAAAAAGACGACCAUAACAAAACAAAUACACAGUUUGAGAUUGACCUGAAAAUCCACAUGUGCGGCAUUGCCUCACGAGAAUUUCUUAAAAUGCACAGAAGUUUCCUGACAGAAAACAAUCCUCACUCUCAGCUUGAGAAGUACAAAAGUCAGUAUCGAUCCGACUUUCUUGACUUAUACAGAAAGAAAGACCACUACCAAGGCAAAGCAAAUGACUUUGUCCAGUUUUGUAUCAAGCCUGCUGUGAAAGAGUACAUCUGUAGAUCUUUGGGCGUAGACAUUGUAAAUGAAAUUUUGACAAGUUCCCAUUCAGCAAAGUUCUCUUCUCGCUCUGUCUUCCAGUACAACAUUCAGAAAGAGCUGCUGCAAAAGGACGACUUUAACAGCUUCCACAAGUACAUUGAUCAGUAUGAAAUGUAUGUCAAAGACUGGAUAUUUCAGCACAUCCAGGAAAAAAUGGCAGAGGACAAGACUUUGUGCAAACUGAAGAACAAUAUUCUGCACAUCAUCAUUGACAAAAUAACACGUUCAAUAGAAUGGGCCUCAAAAGACCAGGGUGAUGUUAUGCUGCCAGAUGACAAGGAAAACAUUACCAAGUUCAUCAGGAACAUGCGCACAUUUUUGAUCAAAGAUAUUUCGAUUUCAGAGGAGUCUGUGAAGACCAGCUUGUUUCAAAUCCAAAGCACAUGUCAUCAGUUUAUCAACUGCCUCAAGACCUCAAUCAAUGAGUUGAAAGAUGAACUUGAGGAGGAAAUCUCAAACUCUGACAACAUCACUGAGACUCUGAACCAGCUUCCAAUCAAACCACAGGAUGAGCUUUUCAAGCGGGUGUUUGGUUGUGGAAAGCAGUGUCCAUUUUGUUCUGCUCCAUGUGAAGCUGAAGGCACAGAACACAAAGAGCAUCACACAGCCAUACAUCGACCUCAAGGUCUUGGCAGAUUCCACAGACACAAAUCAAGAAAACUGGUCACAGCACUGUGUACAACUGAUGUGUACAGUGAACAUGAAUUCCAAAACAAAGACACCAGAUGGAAGUGGCAUCCUUACAAGGACUACACCAAGUACUAUCCAGACUGGAUCAUUCCUCUAGACCCCACCAUAGAAGCAUCAAAUUACUGGAAGUAUGUCCUGGUAAAAUACAACAACAGUUUUGCUGAAGAAUAUGUUGCUGACCCAGCUGAUGUUCCUGAGGCCUGGAGAACAAUCACAAGGCAACAAGCAUUAAAAGGUUUAAACGAUGCUUUCAAUGUUAAUUAAGUACAGUUCUGAAAGAACACAACAUUUCAAGCUGCUAGAAAAUCAUGUUGGUACUAAUGUAAAGUGAAGAUCAAAAAGCAGUGACUAAAAUUCAAUUCCUCAAAUUAAAAAAAGAAAGGACAAAGUUGAUGAUCAAACUGUAACUGUACAUCCACAUGUACACAACAUUAGUGUACUGAAUUGUAUUAUAUAUACUGUACAUAUUAAUGAUAUGAAGAUAUCUUGAAUUUUAAGUGAUCUUUUACAUUUUUAUUUUAAUCUUGAGUCAGGUGCCAUGUUAUGUGUAAUUGAACAUGUAUAAUAUGUGCUACAGUAAAUAUGAUACAUUUAUAAGCAUUAGUUAAAAUGUGUUGAUGUAAAUGACUUUGCUGUUUGUGACUUAUUCUUUGAGACAGAUGUUGCACAAGUUUUAAAGUGAAAACCCGGAAUAUUUUUUUUUAUAUAUAAAUAUGUGUGUGCUUUAUGAUUUGAAGAAGUUUUUCAUGCAUUAAAUUUGCUACACAUCUCUGCUGAAAAGUAGUUCAGAUAAUAACAAUGCUGUUGCUGUUGGGAAUAACAGCAAUAAUGUUUAACAUAACAUUUUUAUUUUAAUAUCUACUUAUGUUGAAAUUUUACAAGAAAUGUUGAUGUAUGUUGAUAUAAUUGACUUUGUUUCUUGUGUUUAAAUAUAGGGAAGACAGUCUGACAGAUGUGACUGUGGCAUCAGAUGGCAGAUAAUGAGUUAAACAACACACAGUUAAAAGCCGGACAAUAUUUCAUAUUUGCAUACAUAUUUUUUCAUAAUUUGUUAUUUGAAAUUGAAAAUUGAUGAUGAUGAUGAUGAUGAUGAUGAUGAUAUUGAAGAUGAUAUUUGAAGAAAAAGUUUUGUUAAAAAGUGUUUUGCAGUAAAUGAAUUAAAACACAACUGGGCUGUGAAUGUGUUUCUUAGCUUGUGAAAAAGGCUGAUCACUUUGUGAAAUGUAUACAAAGUUGAUUUAAUAUUAAUAAACAGCUUUUAAAAUUUAA